AAAAUCACACCUCUAAUUGAGCGUCGUGCUGUUCUAAAGAACAGAAUUACACAAGGAAAAAAUGUUUACAAAACCAACAAACAGUUGCUCCAAUUGGAGCGCGAAUUAGGUGUUUUCAAAAUCGACUACUUCUCAGUCAUAGAUGACAAUGCAUAUCAUUAUCGUUACAAAGGACACACUUCAGAUGAUACGAAACAACUUGAG